AUGGCACUGUACGGAAGAAAGCAUCCUCUCAAUGAUGUCGAACCCGCCACCGCCAAUGCUCCAGGCGAGAUUAUACCCCUCGAAGAGAACCAGAGCCAGAGCCAUGCAGGCGACGAAGAGGCUAGAUCUUCCCUCGACCGCGAACGAAUCGUGACUCCAGCCAAUGCUCAACCUGUGGAGAUGCGACCGGUCUCUCGGAAGCAGCAGACAGGCAUAUUAUUCUGUGCCUUCUUCGCCGUCUUUAUUACUAUCGGUCUGAACCAGGCAUACGGUGUGUUUCUCAACUACUACCUCACCGACGGGAGCAGUGCGAAAGACCCGUUCCUCCCGCCCAGCGAAGUCAGGAGUAAAGCCAUGUUGGCAUUCGUCGGAACUCUCGCUUACGGACUGACUUGGGGAGGGAGUAUUUUUGUCAAUCCGAUCAUGGCACGGUCCAAGGACCCGAGAUGGAUUACGGGCGCAGGAGCAGUGUUGAUUGGGGCGGGCUAUGUGUUGGCCAGUUGGUGUCAUAGGGUAUGGCAACUCCUCCUCACACAAGGGUUGAUCUACGGAGUCGGCACGUCGUUGAUGUAUUUCCCCAUCAUGGCUGUGGCUCCAGAGUACUUUGACGCUCACCGCGGGUCGGCCAUGGGAUUUAUCCUCUCGGCUGCCGGGGUCGGCGGUCUAGUUUAUGCACCUGCAGCCCGGGCAAUGCUGGCCAAAGUCGGUGCAGCUUGGACAUUGAGGAUUUUCGGGUUGGCCAAUCUGGCCAUGUGCAUCCCGAUUGUGCUCGGUACGCCGCCAUCACGGAGUCUUUCGAAACGGCCGACACUGGUAGACGUGCGCCUUGCCAGACGGCCGGCUUUUGUUCUGCAAGCUCUGGCUGCUAUGGCUCAGGCGGCGGGAAAUUUGGUGCCUCUGACGUUCUUACCUGAAUUCAGUACGAGGCUGGGAUAUACGGCUGCAUUUGGCGCCGCCUUGCUCGCCAUUCAUAAUACAGUCAACACGGUGAGUCGGAUCGCAAUGGGCUUCAUUGCCGAUGUCGCCGGCCGGCAGAACACGCUGGUCCUCAGUGUGCUCGGCAGCGCUAUCACCGUUGUCGCGCUGUGGUUGUCCAGUGCCUACGGGGACGAUAUGAAGCUUUGGAUCGCCUUUGUUGUCAGCUACGGAAUCUUUGCCGGAGGUUAUAACUCGUUGUUCCCGACUACAGUAAUUGAGGUCUUUGGCGCGCAGGCGUAUGCUUCAGUCAAUGGGUUCAUCUAUUUCAUCCGUGGUCUGGGUGCGCUAUGGGGUUCUCCAGUGGGAGGUGCGCUUGUUGCUGGAGGCACCAAGCCACAGGCAUACAUUUCGCUGAUCUGGUAUGAUUUCGGGCUGUUGAUGUUGUCGAGUGUUUGUGUCAUUGCAGUCCGGGUCUUUGAUGCAGCGGAAAAAGGGCAGUUUAAGCUGAAGGCAUGA